AUGUCAACUAAAGAUAUACAAAUCGGCUUUAUUAGAGAUAAGACAACUCAAUUCCGUAACUUUAGAGGCUCUAUGAACUUUGGUUCCGGUCCAACAAAUGAUGUUUCAACUGGAUUAAUUAGUGCUACGCCAAUGAAUGAUGCCAAAGGACGUGGAGACUCUACUGUUAUUAACACAGCAAGUAAUAUCGAAGCACAGUUCCAAAACAUUCAAAGUGAGAUGAAGACAUUGGCAGAUAUGCAUAAACAGCGUGUUAAAGCAAACUUUUCCGAUAAUAAAUCUCAAGAUGCCGCUAUUGAAGCCAAAACAAGAUCAAUUUCUACUCAAAUUACUCAGUUACGCGAUCAAAUUCGUGAAGGAUCAAAUCAUGUUAACUCUACACAAGCCCAAAUUCAAGAAAAUAUGAAGAUGGGCUUUGUCGCUAGACUACGUGAUCUUACAACUAGAUUUAGAGAUAUGCAAGCCGCAUAUAUUACAAAUAUUCGCAGAAUGAACGAAAAAGCUCAUGCAGCCGUUCUUGAUUUAGGAGAUGCUAAUGAUGAUGAAAUUGGCCUUGAUGAUUUCGAUCCAGGAUUAACUGGCGAACAAACUUCUCAAAUUGUUGCUAAUGAUUUAAUGCUCAGACAGCGUAACCAAGAAUUAACACAAAUGAUUCAAAGUAUGAACCAGCUUAAUGAACUUUUUGCCGAUCUUGGCACUUUAAUUAUUCAACAAGGUACAAUGCUUGAUAGAAUUGAUAAUACGAUUGUUGAGGCCCACGAACAAAUUCAACAGGGCAAUAAAACCCUGGAAAAGGCCGAAACACAUCAAAAGAGCAAGUGUUUCUAUUGGUAUAUGAUUGCAGUUAUUCUUCUCAUUAUUAUAUUCGGUACUGUUGUCAUUAUUAAGAAGCAAAAGAAAUCUUCUAAAUAA